AUGGGGGAGAAGAGAGGAGGGAGGGUGGCGAGGAGCGAGGGUGGAGCAGCCUUUGAGCAGCGCCAGGUCUUUUACCCACUAUCUCCCAAUGAUCUUCUCUUUAUGCUCCACUCUUUUUUUUAAAACCAAAUUGCUAGCUCACUGUCGUAACCCUUUUUCACUCCCUCUCUUUCUCUCUUUACUCUUUUUUUUUUUUUUUUCUCACUUGCUCCUCUCCCUCUCCUCUUUUUUGACUUUAACUAGCUCGCCACGUUUUCUUGUGCGGGGUGGCGUAGCUUUAUUAGGAAGGGUGAGCGUGAGCACCAGCGAGCAGAGCCGCGAGUGCUGCACGGCAGGCCUGUCACCUGGAGGGUGGAAGGGAACGGGUGACGUGUGAGAGAGCGUCUCUCCCUGGCAGCUCUUUUGAAAGAGCUCUCUUUUGAUUGAGCUAUUAUUGUUUUUCUCUCUUCCUUUUGUUCUAUCUGGUUCCCUCCUUUCGAUAAGAAAGCUAGUUUCUCCCAAAAUGCAAACUUUUGUUUGUUUAGUUUUGAUUUUGAUUUGAAUGGCAACAUACAGUCUCAAAUUGCUAAAUCUUUUUUGGGAAUUGUAGGCGUUUUACUUUAUAAUGGGGCACUAACAGGCAGUGAUCUCACAACAUCCUGCUUCGGAUACUUUGUAGGCUUUUUCCGCACUCCCUGCAUGCUUUUGAAAAUAUGUCCAAUGUUGUACAAUGAUAUAUGAACAACAAAACUCAGGAGUCAGGAGUGUCACUGUGCUCCAGAAAGUAACCAGAAUGUCUCCUGGCAAAGCACUUAUUGAAAGUGAACCUGUCCCACCCCCAGAUGUGCAUUCACUCACUCACACACUCACACACUCAGUCACUCUCUCAUUCAUGAACUCAUUCACUCCCUCACUCAUGGACAUGGCAAGAUCUCAGCCUCACCCGACGAUGGCAUCCCGCCAGCUCUGCGACGGCCCCCUAAGCUCCCAUAAUGAAACUCAGACUGACACAGCGCAGCCCUGCAUACCAGCAGCAGCAGCACAGAUGGGACGUGGCCGUAUAAAACCUGUGUCCCCUGGGCUUCUCCUCCAGUGUCUGCUUUAGUUGGCCAGACUAGAAAAUUAUCCCCACCCACAUGAGAACAGUAUCUGUCAUCACCACACUGGUAGGUGCUGGAAAACACUCUCUUCUCCCCGUCGUCUUCGCUCGCUCGCGACAGGAGAGAGAGAGAGAGGAGAGCGAGAGAGAGAGAAUGAGAGAGAUAGAGAGGAGAGAGAGAGAGAGAGAGAGAGAUGAGAUUCGAGGGCGAGAUGAGAUGAGAGAGAGAUCUAGCAGCUCGGACGACUCUCUCGCAGAUAGCUAUCCCGAUACUUCUCUCUCUCUCCUCUCUCUCUCUCUCUCUCUCUCUCUCCUCCCCUCCCUACCUCCACCCCCCCGGAUCUGUGCUCAUCACCAGAAGCAGGUACAGAUGUACAGAACCACUCUUCUAGUUCCUCCACUCUGCAAUCCUCCGGACCCCUCUCACACUGUCCAGUCACUCAACCGUAUUUGUUCAGCUGUAAAUUCAUCCUGUGUUUUGUCAGAUGUUCUGCUUGUAGGCCGUGGACAGCGGCUCUGAAUCAGCCCCGUCUGGUGAUGCGAAGAGGAGGAACGUAUGGUCGCCAGUCACCGAUCCCUUUAUGGGUGAAACAUUGGUGGUGACCUCUGUGAAGGGGAGUUAAAAUAGCGUACAGACAGUGUGUGGCUGAUUAGGGGGGUUUAAUGCAAUGACAGUCUGAUGUGUCUGAGUCAUGUUGUAUUAUAGAUGAAGGCUAGGUUAGACUAUGCCUGGUGAAGUGGCACUGUGAAGCAGUAGGAGACGAAUGGGAAUGCUUUAGCUAGCGCUCUCAGAUAGCCAUGAUGAGAGACUAUUGUGUUCCGGCCGCAGCAAACAGCGACCACACUGGAGAUGGGGAAUGCUUAGAUGACGUCAGUCACUUGUCUGACGAAUCUGAGAGGGUGUCAGUCAGUGUGGAGUGUAAUGUACCUCAGGCUUUCAGGGAUGCCGGCAUAGUAUGUCUUUGUGUGUUGUGUGACUGUGUCUCUGUGAGUGAGGGGCAAAUAGAGUGACAGGCUUUGGUUUUUGAGGCUAAGCUACUAUGCAUGAACACCCAUUACUGAGUUGAAAACGGAACCCCGAAGGUUGUUUUGAUAGCGUACCCACCAUGUUUAAUGGAUGAUUCCUUUCUCUCUAUGAAAGAAAAUGUGUGCUGCAGAAACCAUUACUAAAUCCAUAUCAUAUGGCUCACUGUCCUCCUCGACAUACAGUACCAUACUUAGUAUGAAACCAAGCAUCAAGCAAAAUACUGUAGCCUUCAUCUGUUGCCCGAUUAAAAGAAACAACAACGGUAAUGAAUAAAAAAUUAAUGACCCCCUUAUUUAUAAUGUUGUUGUUUACCCUUUUGUUUUGACUGCCUCUCUCUUUCGUCUCCAUGUCUAUACUCCAUCUCCCCCACUUUUCUAUGCUUUCUCUCUCUUCUCUAAGCUCUAUAUAUCUCCUCUUUUCUCUUAUCGCUAUCUCUUAUAUCUCUAUAGCGCGAUCUCGUCUCUCUCUCUCUCUCCUGCUCAUCUCUCAUCUAGCUCUCUCUCUCGUUCUCGCUCUCCAUAAGUGUAGAAUAUUUACUGGUUAGGUUACCCCUGGGUAAAAGCCAGCAAAAAACCCAGGGGGGAAAAGGGCCGGGGGAAAGGAUCGCAGUCCUUGCUAGUUUUUGGGGUUUGUGUGUGGGGAGUGUUUUUGGGGGGGAUGCCGGCGUUUUUGGUUGGUUUUGGGGGACCUUUUGGAGUGGGGGGAAAAAAAUAAAACUUUUUUUUGGGGGUUUUUUGGGGGGAAGAUUGCUAAAAACCCCCUUUACUAUAAAACAAACCCCGGGUUUUUUGUUCGUAAACCAUUUUUAAUAUGACCCUUUCAAAAAAAUUGUGCUAAAAAAACCAUUAAAAAAAACAAGGAUGUAAAAACAAAAAAAAAAGGGAAAAAACACAAAAAAUUGUGUUUUUGGCCCCGUUUAAAAAAAAAAAGGGGAAAAAAAAUUUGGGGGCCCCCGGGGGGGGGGGAUUUUGGGGGGGGGGAGGGGGGGGGGGGGGAAAAGAGAAAAAAAAACCCCCCCCUUUUUUUCCCCUUUUUUUUUUUUUUUUCCAAAAAUUUUUCCCCUUUUUACUCUCCUUAUUUUCUCCAUCCUCUGCCAGGUUAAGACAUCUCUGGAGCCCCCAGGACGUUCCGACCGGUCCAGACCUGAUUUGGUUCGGUGCGCCCACGAGAGUGCCAGAUACUCUCAUCUCCUAGGCGGAGGACCGUGGGCUCAUUAAAGUUCACAUAUCUUCCAGUGUCCGUUAAUUAUUGCGGAUUUGAGAGGGAAGGGUUACACAAUGCCUGGAUUAAUGGGUCACUUUCAGCCAGCUCGCUGCAGCCAACUCUUGAGAGAGACAGAGGUUAAGAGGGAGAGAAGAGGGAGAGUGCAAGAGAGAGAGAGAGAGAGAGCGAGGGGGAGUGGGGGGGGGGGGGGGGGGGGAUUAACAUGAAGUCUUCAUCAUGGCUGGAGAAUAUAAGCAUGGGAGCAAAUCUUCAACAUGGCCUUUCAAUUACCUUUCUUGCUAAAAUCAUUUUGGGACACACAGGUGUGGUUUGUUCAGUGUGUCUCUCAGAGAUAGGUGUGUGUUACGACUGUCUGGUCCUUUGGUCUGAUAGAGAACAAAGCAUAUAAAGAAGGAGAAAAUCAUUCAUUUGUUUAAUGUAGGCUGUGUGUAGUUGGCCUCGAUUUCACUUGUUCUUAAUCAGACUUGUACAGUUCUAAAAGUACUGCGUCGUCAAGCCUAGGCAUGGUGAAGACAGUUAGCAUUGCAUAUUGCAGUGUUUCAUAGAUGGAACAACACAUCACACUGCUGCAUUGAGGCUGGAGCCCAAACUGCCGUAGCUCGUGAAGGGUUAACUUGUGUUUCCUGUAUAGCCUCCAUGCACUCGGGGAUGGCUCUGUACUCUCUCCAAGCUUUCCCAUGAGCCUUUGCCCUGUUCUGUUUGUUUGUGUGAUCCCUUCCCCCAGGCCACUGUUCCACACAGCUGGACAGACAGCACUGAGCCUGCCCAGGGUGCUCACUGACUCUAUCCCAGCAUCCUGUGCUUUCCCCACCUGACCGCCCGCUCUCUCUCUCUCUCUCUCUCUCUCUCUCUCUCUCUCUCUCUCUCUCUGUGUGUGUGUGUGUGCGUGUGUGUUUUAACAGGUGCAGUACCGAGAGCUGAAACUGGAUCUCAGUCAUAGUCCAAAUAAAAGAAAGAAAAACAACCCGGGGUAGCUGGCUUUGUCCGCCCACUGAAUCUUCCCUCCCUCAACGGCCCGACACCAAGGAGCAGAGGAAGACUGGUCUGGACCAGCUCAACUCUCUCUCUCUCUCUCCACUUGUUUCUCCUCUUCCUCUUCUCUCUCUUCUACUGACUUUAAAUAUACAUAUACAGGCUCCCGAAGUGUAAUUAUCAUUGUAGAAAGAGACAACUAGAGAAAAAUCUUAAUGACGUGUUUAGUGAUGAAAGUGGACCGGACCAUUCCAGACCCAGGUGUUUACUGCAUUGAACCAGUCUGACAGAUGUACAAGUCAUGCUCAACUGUGUCAUAGUUAUGAGUUCAUUCGAAAACGUUUCAGCCAUUUCUACAUCAUUCCCCAUAAGGAACAUAUCAUUUAACCCUAUCAUGGUCAGAAAGCCGCUAACCAGGUAGAAUGGAUGUGUUUACUUUUCAAAACAGAACUCCCAAUGACCUCUGGGUAUAGGCAUGUGGAGCAAUAGAUAAAGAGCUUAUUCAUUCAUUAUUUUACCAAUUCUGUAAAUUGCUUUGUAUUGUAUUUACAUUUUAGAUCAUUUAGAAUUUUUUUGGGAAGGAGUGUUCUUUCUGCACCAAGCCUCUAUCUCAGCCAGUGUUACAUAUUGAUUAGCUAUUAGCCCGUUAGCCUACAGCUCCAGUAGGUCAUGCUGCUAGCACACUGCACUGAGAAAACUAAAACAGAUAGCCCUACAGUACACCGUUCAUUGAACUCUUUGAAGCUGUAUUUGUACAACAUGUACAGUUGCACUAUGGCCACAUUUCUAAUUGCCUCUCACAGAUGUCUUACUUAAAUCAGUGAGAGGCAAUGAGAUAUUUGAAGAGGUCAAAUGCUCAUUGUCUUUUCAGUUCGUAGGCCUAUAUACAUAUCUGUUCCAGGAGUCCUUGACUAUCCAAAUGAAUGAUAACUUCAAAACCUCAAUCAUCCUCUUUUAAAUGGAACUGAAAUCUGCUGCAGUCCUGACGAUAUGCCAUUCUUCCAGUCUUCACUACCGUCUAUAGCGCAGAUCAGUGUUUUCCUACCUAGAAACAGGGUGUUGUUUCCCCCAGCAGAGGCAGGCAAGUGUGGAUUGCUGCUGUGCCACUGCGCUAAUAUAGAUGUCACCCUGUGCAGACAGAAUCGCCAGGCAGGCCUUAGGCAGCCCGAGCGGUAAUCUUAUUUGAAAGGAUGGCCUCCUCUCCUCUCAUCUCCACAUGUUGCCUCAGUG